UGGAGGAACUGGCUUCUCCUUCCAGGGGGAGGAGAUUGCGGGGCUGACGCACAGUUUGUGCGCCCGGCUCCUUCUCCGUCCGUCGCGUUUGCACAGCAAGAAAGCGUGUUGCUUCUCCCACACGCCGGCUGUUUCUGAGGUACGAUGGAGAAAGCUGGAGGGAUUUUGGCAGGGCCGAGCCCUGAUCCGGUCCGCAGCUUCGAGCGCUGGAAGAAGAAAUACGCCAAGCGCAAAAGCAAGCUGCGGCAGCAGCGGAAGCAGAAGAAACGACCCGAAUGGGAGGUGGAGAAGGAGGGGAUCGCCAGGUUGGAGCAGCGCUACUCGGAGAUAAAUGCAGAUGAAAUUGUAAGAUUUUCGGAUUUCCCAUUAUCCAAGAAAACACUGAAAGGAUUGCAGGAAGCUCAGUAUCGCAUGGUGACUGAAAUCCAGAGGCAGACCAUAGGGUUGGCGUUGCAAGGUAAAGAUGUGUUGGGAGCUGCAAAGACAGGAUCUGGCAAAACAUUGGCUUUCAUUGUACCUGCUCUGGAAAUCUUAUACCGUCAGCAGUGGACCUUCAUGGAUGGACUUGGUGUUCUAAUUAUAUCGCCUACCAGAGAACUGGCUUACCAAACAUUUGAGGUUCUGCGUAAGGUGGGGAAGAAUCACGACUUCUCAGGCGGUCUUAUCAUUGGUGGAAAGGACUUGAAACAAGAAUCAAGCAGAAUCCACAAUAUAAAUAUACUCAUAUGUACUCCUGGUCGGCUUUUACAGCAUAUGGAUGAAACAUCCUAUUUCCAUGCCUCUAAUCUGCAGAUGCUGAUACUUGAUGAAGCUGACCGAAUUUUGGACAUGGGCUUUGCUGAUACAAUGAAUGCAAUCAUAGAAAAUCUUCCCAAGAAACGCCAGACACUGCUUUUCUCAGCUACACAAACUAAAUCUGUAAAGGACCUGGCCCGGCUGAGCUUGAAAGAUCCAGAAUAUGUCUGGGUGCACGAAAAGGCAAAGUUCAGUACCCCAGCAACUUUGGAACAGAACUAUGUUGUCUGUGAACUGCAUCAGAAAAUCAGUAUGCUGUACUCCUUUUUAAGAAGUCAUCUGAAUAAAAAGAGUAUUGUAUUUUUUGCAAGCUGUAAAGAGGUUCAGUAUUUGUUUAGAGUGUUCUGCCGCCUUCGACCUGGGCUCCCUAUACUGGCUCUUCAUGGCAAGCAGCAACAGAUGAAAAGAAUGGAAGUCUAUAAUGAUUUUGUGCGCAAGAAAUCAGCAGUUCUCUUUGCUACAGAUCUUGCAGCUCGGGGACUGGAUUUCCCUGCUGUGAAUUGGGUCAUUCAGUUUGACUGCCCAGAGGAUGCAAAUACCUACAUCCACAGAGUUGGGAGAACAGCUAGGUACAAGGAAGGUGGGGAAGCUCUCCUUGUGCUGCUUGCUUCAGAGGAAAAUGGCAUGAUGCAGCAGCUGUCACAGAAGAAAGUUCCUGUCAACAACAUCAGAAUCAACCCUGAAAAGCUUGUUGACAUCCAGAAGAAGAUGCAGUCCUUCUUGGCUCAAGAUCAAGAGUUGAAAGAGAGAGCCCAAAGGUGUUUUGUUUCCUAUCUGCGAUCUGUCUACCUAAUGAAGAACAAAGAAGUGUUUGAUGUAUUCAAGUUACCCAUAGCUGAGUAUGCCCUCUCCCUUGGGCUUGCGGUGGCCCCUCGUGUACGAUUUCUUCAAAAGGUCCAGAAGAAAAUGCUUGAGAAUGAGCCUGAAAAAGGAGAACCGUUACAGGGAGCAAAUGAGCCUGAGGAUGCCUGUUUUUCUUUAAGCAACAAUGAUGUAGAGAAAUGCAGAGCACUUUUCAGUGAAACAAUAAUGUUGGGAGGAGAGGAGGAAAAAGAGCUGUCCAGCAAAGACAGUGAAACUGAGGAUGAUGCACCGCAGGGGCAGACUGAGGUGGAAGAAGAGCCUGUAACGGUCAAGCAUUUAGAAGCUGAACGCCUGCAGUUCUUUGAAGAGGGUGAUAGUGAUGAUGACGACAGUAAGGAGCUUGAUGUGCUGACAGUAAAACGGCGGAAUGUCUUUGGCUUGGAAUCAGGAGACAAAGUACCACUAAAUACAUCAAAUUCAAAGCUGAAGAAGAAAAUAACUAAAACAAAAGAAGCUAAGAAAGUAUUGAAGAGAAAAUUUAAAGUCAACACAAAAAUUGUAUUUACAGAAGAUGGGGAGUUAAUUCAACAAUGGCCACCAGCACAAAAAUCCAUUCAAAAUAAAGCAGAAGACAAUGAUGAUUGUGAUGGAAUCAAUCUCGAGAAAGCAAAAGAGAGACUGCAGGAAGAGGACAAAUUUGACAAAGAAGAAUAUAGGAAGAAAAUUAAAGAAAAGCACAAGGAGAAAAGGUUGAAAGAAAGGGCAGCCAGAAGGGAAGCCAGAAAGAAAAGUGCAAAGGUGGAAGAGGAAGACAUAGCCUUUCUGGAUCACAGUGAAAGUGACAAUGAAUUUGAUCCAAGCACCCUUCCAGACCCUGAUAGAUAUACAGACUCUGACCAAGAGGCAGAUCCAGAACAUUAUGGUAAACCUGGGAUGAAGAAACAACGUUUUGGUGGAGGUGCAUCAGCGAUGGAAACAGUACCAAGAAAGAAGAUGAAACUUAGCAAAGAGGACUCAUUUGCUCCAUUAGAUACAGGCCUUUCCCUUGCUGAAGACGAGGCACUAGUAUUACAUCUGCUCAACAACCAAAGCUAAUUUUUCCCCUCCCACUCUUUCCAGUUAUUUUUGUCUUUGUAUCACAAAGGCAACAGACCAACUUAGUUGCCAAUAAAUAUUGCUGUAUGAAUGUCUUAAGACAAUGGUCUUUCCAAUGAGUGGUUCAUACCCAGCUUUAUUAAGUGGCUGACUUUAAAUAUUGUAAGGAUCUUCAGAACUUCUGAUAUUUUCUAAACAACUUUGCACGACCCUUCAAAGAUGAGAAGGGGAAAUCAUUAUAAAGCAGCCUUUCCUCAACCUGGUUCCCUCCAGAUACUUUGGACUACAAUUCCCAUCAGCCUCAGCUGUGCUUGGCUUGGGGUGAUGGAAGUUGUAAUCCAAAACAUCUAGGCACAUCAGCUUUAGCUAAAUACUGCUUUGUGUACAGAGAUUUUGGUGUACGUCAAGAUGAUGAGCCUUUUCUAUCAGAUAGCUUUUUCAGAAGGCAUAGUGACCAAAAAAAGGGCUUUAUGAAUGAACAAAUAUCUUUUUUUUUUUUUUGCAAAAUAAAAUCAGUUAUGGUUUCACUGUGUUGAUUUGCCUUUUAAGCUUUUAUUUGAAAU